CUCUCUCUGUAGUUAAUUUCAUUCCGUAGCGUAGCAUAGACUAAAGCAGAGGCAGCAGAGGCUCCAGCCGGGUUGUGAUCAUGGAUCAGUACAUGUUCUCCGCCCCACGGCCCUAUAUAUUUAUAUUGAAUGAAAUCCGUCUCCGUAGUUAAUUUUGUUUCUUAGAGCGUAGUAUAGACUAAAGCAGAGGCUCCAGCUGGGUUGUGAUCAUGGAUCACAUAUUCUCCACCAACGCAUGGCUCACCAUAGCCCUCGUCUUCAUCAUUACACUAGCUGCGAAGGUGGUAAGAUCAUCAGUAACUCUCCCUGCAGAGAAGACGAGCAAGCCGCGGCCUCCGCCGGAGGCGAAAGGUGCUCCUCUGGUUGGGAUAAUUCCAGCCGUGCUGCGCAGGGGCCUGCAGGCCGUGAUCCGCGAGCAGCACAGGGCGCUGGGCAGCGUGUUUACGCUCAGGUCACUUGGGCUUGCGGUGACGUUCCUCGUCGGGCCGGAGUGCUCCGACCACUUCUUCCACGCGCCAGAGUUGGAGAUAGCUAUCGAUGGCUUGUACGAGGUCACCGUGCCCAUCUUUGGCAAAGAAGUUGGCUACGACAUCGACUUGGACACAAGGAACGAGCAGCAUCGCUUCUUCGCCAAGAUGCUGAGGCCUGCCAAACUGAGGGGCCAUGUUCUUCCCAUGGUCUGUGAGAUCGAGGAAUAUUUUGGGAAAUGGGGAGAGUGUGGCGUGGUUGAUCUGAUGCAAGAGGUGGAUCACGUGCUGAUGCUGAUCGCGAGCCGGUGCCUGCUCGGGAAGGAGGUCCGGGAGAACAUGUUCGACGAGGUUGCCUCACUGUUUCACGAGCUCAUGGGAGGUAUGCACCUGAUCAGCAUGUUCUUCCCUUACCUCCCGACGCCGGGGCACCGCCGGCGUGACAAGGCACGCGCGAAGCUCGGGGAGAUAUUCUCCCAGAUCGUCAAGACGCGCAAGAUGUCUGGACGUGUUGAGGACGACAUGCUGCAGGACCUGAUAGACUCGACGUACGGGGACGGCCGUGCCACGACGGACACGGAGGUCACCGGGCUGCUAGUGGCGCUGCUCUUCGCCGGCCACCACACGAGCUCCACGGUCGCCGUCUGGACGGCACUGCGCCUGCUCACCCACCCCGAGCACCUGCGCGCCGUCAGGGCGGAGCAGGAGCGGCUCGUGGCGGCGGCGGAGCAGCAGCGCAGCCACCAUGGCGGCGGCGGCGGCGGUGGCAUCGACUACGGGGUGCUGCUGCAGAUGGACGUCCUGCACCGCUGCAUCAAGGAGGCGUUGAGGCUCCACCCGGUCACGCCGAUGAUCCUCCGGCGCGCGCGCCGGGGCUUCACCGUGCGCGACAAGGAAGGCGGCGAGUACAGCGUCCCUGCCGGGCGGUUGCUGGCGAGCCCCCUGGUGGUCAACACCCUCCUCCCGAACAUCUACAAGGACCCUCACGUGUUCGACCCGGACCGGUUCGCCGCCGGGAGGGCGGAGGACAAGGCCGUUGCCGGCGCCCGUGAUCUUGCCUACUUGUCGUUCGGCGCCGGGAAGCAUGCAUGCAUGGGCGAGGGCUACGCCUACCAGCAGAUAAAAGUGAUUUUGAGCCACCUGGUGAGCAAUUUCGAGCUCAAAUUAGAAUCACCUUUCCCCGAAACUGAGGACAUGCUUUCCAUGAGGCCCAAAGGUAAAGCAAUUGUCAGCUAUAAGAGACGGACGCUUUCCUGAAAUAUGCAGGAACGUUGAAGAAUGUGGGCAGGUUAUUGAUAGGAACACAUAAAUCCAUACGAAAUUAAAUGCCUAAAUCAAAAGUUAAAAUAUAAAUUAUUUGUCUUUAAAGAUAUUUCGAGAUUGGGAAUGUUAGAAUUUUAAUUUUUAUGGCUUUAAAAUAAAUGCGCUGUUGUCCUGUAUAUUGUACGGUGGAUGUAAUUUAAUUUAGUCAUUCCUCUUGCAAUUCGCUCAAAUAAUUUACGCAGUUUGAUAAAGUACAAGUGUGAUGUUUAUCGCGCUAUGUCAGGCCUGCAGAGAGGAAAUGUAUGGAAUUAUCGAAAUGAGUCGGACCAAACCAA